AUGACUAUAACAUACGAAGUCAAGCAGUCAAUGGAUUUGUUAGAGGCAUCUAAGUAUAAAUUCUUGCGUCAUGGUCGGAAGAUGCAGAAUGUGCCCAACAGCAUAGAUUCUACUUUGCACAUAUCCCCUACAAGCAUACAACCGGUCAGCGCGCACGCCGUUAUUCUACCAGGUAGAUCUCGGACAAAUUACCGUGGGAGCGAGGAUAUUGGUCAAUACCUCGCUUCGCACGGUAAUACGAGCUCGGGUGAUCCCCUCGGGGAGGUACCCGACGGUGGUAUACACGCGGAAGUACUACGCGAAAGUACUUCGCGUGAAUAG